GUAAGAAGACACUCACCAUCUGAGAUGAGCACCAGGACGUCAUUCUUCGAGGCGAGAAAAGUAGCCCCUAUAUAUGAUUUACUAGAAGAUGGUCACUAUAGUAUUGCAUCCCGGCAAUGCGAGACUUUACUACAAAACAAGCCAGACUGGGAAUUAGUUAGGGCUUUAUUAGCAUUCUCCUACUGUAGAUCUGCCAGGACAGAUGAUGCACGGAAGAUUGCUUACAACUUGGCAGACAUAAAGCCAAAAAACAGUGAUACGAUGGCUGCACUCAAUUUAACACUCACUGAUCUACGCGCAUACGACAAGCUUGCAGAAAUGUACAAACUUCUCUGGGAGCAGAAUGGCUCUAUCAAUGAUAACAAUGGUAGACUCACUGCUAUGGCUUACAUUAAAGCACAAAACUGGAAGGGAAUGCAGAGUGUUUCUAUGCGUCUCUCGAAAGUUUCACAGAAUGCAAACAGCGUCAAGUUUACUUGGUGGACGAUAGCUGGAUUAUUCAUGCAAGCUCAAACUGCUAAGAAUGAGCAAGAAAAGUCGCUAGCAUUCACAUUAGCAUUGCGGUUAGCUGAUAGUGUCCAGUGUCAAUCUGAUGAAGAAGUUCACCUACUUGUCAGGUUGUUCUGGUCUAGCGGUAAUCCUAGAAAGGCAUCUGAUUUGCUUGUGGAACAUGAUAAGGAGAUAUCGAACUCAUUAGCACUUGAAGAACUUCAAUGGGACGUCUGGAAGGAGCUUGAUGAGGUUUCUCUCAUAAAAAAUAAAGCAAAGUCAUUGUUGGAAGGUGGUUCAGGGAAUUAUGCUCACCAUACUGCCUACCUGUCCACCGUGAAGGAUAACAGAGAAGAAGCUGUAGCGUUAUUCGAACAUUUAGCUCAGCAGAAUCCUAAAGAGCGUGGACAUAUUAUCGCCUUGAUGGAAAUAGAGAGAAAAUUCUCCAAAAACGACAACCUCGUUUCAUUGCUCGAAAGAUACUGGCAUUUAUUUAAGAACAAACCAGUUUGCUUUGAUGAUAUAAUCACAUUUAUGAAAUACUUGCAUCACGAGAAGUACAAUAUAUCCUCUCUCAAUGAGGUCUUCAUCAAGGAUUUCAAUAAUAAAGACGAGAGUCUAGAUACACGUCUAAAUGCAGCAAAAUUGGUGAGAUGUUUGUCACUCAAUAUCGCGCUCGAAAAAGAAAUACAAAAUGCAGAUUUGUAUGCACAAUUACACAAGGAAUACCUCGUUGCUGGAGAAGGAGUACCAAAGACAGACUUGCAUCCUGCCGACGACUGGGCCGUCUUGAGCGGUAUCUCCUAUAUCAGUGCUUACUCAAAAUCACGCGACCUUUCUUAUUUAACUAAGGCAAGUGAAAACAUGGAAUUCGCCUUAUCAAAGAGUGAAAGAAGCUAUAAACUCAAGCUUCUUCUGAUAAGCAUCUAUAGAAUCACAGGAAACCUCAACAUGUUCGAUCUUAUUCGCAAGAUGCGUAUACAAAGUGUGCAACAAGAUACCCUGACACAUCACGGUUGUGGGGAAUUGUCCACAUUUGCGAUGUCUAGCCUGGAUGUCGUUGGUGUUCUUCCAAAUACCAACAGUUCUUUCAGUGGCGUUUGGGGACAAGCAGAGAGGGAAUGCAGUGAAAUGUUGUCUCGUCUUUUCGAUUAUGGUACUUGGUCUCAUCUUGAGGAUUUCUCUGACUUUGCAGGAAUGCUCAAAUAUAGUUUGCACAAGUGGAUACUCUGGUUCGAAGAUGUUAGAAUAAAAUUAGGUGAGAGUCCAAAGAUCGAAGGUUCUCAGUUGGAAGACUGGUUAAGCAGUUUGGAUAAAUUAGAUGCACUUUCCGAUAAUCUGGUGGAUAACAGAGACUGGAGUCUUUUGCCAUCUUGGGCGCCAUUCGAGGAAAGCGAAACAAGAGAACAGCUGCAUAUCUUGACAUAUCAAGAAGGAAAUUGGUUGAAGAAAUAUAGUGAGAUUUAUAGAAGAAUCUUUAGUGUGGUAUUAAACAAGCCUAACGAGUGUACAAACGAUGGCUUAGAAGAGCUUACCUCUGCUGAGAAGAUCUUGGAGGAGAUAUCUCAUCUCAUCAUUAAAUAUAACAAGCAAGGCUCAGAUGCCGAAAAGGCACCAGUCGGCGCUGAAGUACUUGACAAAUUCGGUGAUUUCUCUAAAUUACUUACUGAGGCUGCUUUACCAUGUGAUAAAUUACAUGCUGCCAAGGUUUCCAUAGAGACCUGGUCACUUAUCCGAAUCGGAAUUGCACCACCAUCCAAGAAAAAGAAAACGAAGAGUCCUUCAUAUGGUUUAUAUCAGGGCAUUGUUGGACAAUUGCAAGAAAUGGUAAAGGACUGGAAAACAGAUGAUAUCGACAAUUUGUGGUCCCGUUUGCAUUCUCUCGUUGAUACUAAGAUUGACUAUAAGAACGCUUAACAUGAUACAUAUCCAU